UGAUAUCAGGGUAUACCUUGAGUACUGAACCUGUAGGGUAUACCUGGAGUACUGAACCUGUUGGUAAUACCUGGAGUACUGAACCUGUAGAUUGGGGCUUACGAUCUGAAUAAUGAUGAGUCCUAUCUUAACCUGAACCCGGAGAAAAUCCAACCCUGAUCCUUAUUCUGUGUAGAUUAGAAUGUUCCCGGUUAAAAGACGGUUGUUGAGUGACACAAACUCUGAGAAAGACAUUUUUAGUUCACUGGAUUGGAUUAAAGAACAAGAUUCAUUUCGUGGAAGGGAUACAUCACGCUUAGAUGAAUCAAUUUCAUCAUUGAAUGAGAGUUCUGUUUGGAACAAGAAUAGAACCUUGUCACCAAACCUAGCUCCGACCCUAGAUACAAUACUACAGGACGAAACAGCAGGAUUGAACCCGGAGAAAAAUGCAGGAUCAUCCCAUUCUAUGGAUCCAAUCACAGACCUUUAUAAUUUCCAGAGAUGCAGUGAAAAUGCAUUGUUAGAACAAUUAGUUAAUAAUACUUGUUUACCUUUGGAGCCGGGGCCUUCUUUCCAACCGGAAUUCUCUCAAGAAUCAGUUUCGAAUCAGGGAUCGGAGUUUUUAUCUCCGGGUCCGGAUUCAUUUCCGGAUUAUCCGAAACCACAACUUUCUUCAGUUUCCGGGUGCGUAGAUAGACAUGGAGAAGACACGUAUUUCAAACCUUGUUUAAAGAGAGACGAUGUGUCCAGUAGGUUUGGUUUAGUAUUGAGUCAGCUAGGACAAUAUUUAACAUUAUCUUCUCAAUCUAGUCAUAUCAGUUCCCGAGGAGGACGGAAAACAUUUCUCCGGGUUCUCUGCUUGGUACGGGUUCUCUUGUCUGGCCUGGUUCCAGUCGGAGCUGCAGAGUUUAAGUCUAAUUCGUUAGAAUAUCAAACCACUAAAUCCAUCAUGCCAAAUCAUCUUGCCAAUGACUUCUUUUCUACCACUGAUUGUUGGGAGGGUAGUGAGAGAUGUGACAUGGUUCAAGUUUUCCGUCUCUCCUCUUCUCCGGGUAUCCCCUCAACACUGUACACCGGAGCUAGUUCAACAAUCUCUGGUCCAAACAGGUUCCUGAUCACCGGGUUCCGGAGAAUAUUCCACGUUAUCCUGAAACCUGAUGUUCUUUAUCUUCCACCAAGGGUAGAUGAGGUUAUCUGGACGGAUAGGACGAAAAAUACUUUGCAAGGGAAUGUUUCCGCAUUUGAAACCCCGUCCUGCUUUUACUCUGGACGGAUUCGUGGUGCACCAAACUCAAUAGUUGCGGUUAAUCUUUGCCAUGGAAUGACUGGACAUUUUCGAGUUGAAGACGAGAGUUUUUUCAUAUCUCCAAGUAGAGAAUUGAACUCGACAGGUCACACCCUGGAGAGGUUGAGUCAUCCUGUAUCACCGAGCAUAGUCGAAGAAUCUGACCGACCGCGGCGAUCAGCUAAAAGUUGGCCGGCUGCAGCUAAGAAGAUCUGGCCUCCUGGAGCCGAGGAAACCUGGGUAGAAGUACUUGUUGUGGUGGAUGGACCAAUGAUUAAGUAUCAUGGGACUGGAGUCCGACACUACGUUCUUACUCUCAUGCAUAUUGUAUCACUGAUUUACCGGGAUCCAUCCUUAGGAAACAGGGUUCAUAUAGCAGUCGUUAAACUACUCAGACUAAAGGAGAAUGAUAGCUUUGCAACCACCGACAAAUCAUCAGACAGAAUUUCUGCUUCUAAUAUGCUAAAGGGUUUUUGUAAAUCUGUUGGAAGUAUACAUUUUUAA